CGAAGAGUGACUAGGCAUUUCCGAAAUUCACCUAAAAAAUGGCUAUUUUGGGACCACUUGACCGACGGAUUGCUCGCACCAGAUGCGCGGCCUGCACACGACGCAGAAUCAAGGUUAACAACCCCCUCCCAAAGAAUCCGUCAAGCCAAAACUGACUCACUUUUCUACUACUUGAUUUUAACCUCUUGUAGUGUGAAGGUGGCCCUCCCUGUCAAUAUUGCGUAAAGAAAAAACUGGAAUGCGUCCCACCAGCAGUUCAGCCAAAGGCUGGCCUAGUCUUUGUCAAUGUCUCUGGGCCGUCCAAAAGGUCUAAAUGUCUCUCGCUCCCCACUGGUCUGCCAGCACCUAGGCUUUGCCCCGAGGUGCCAGCUGGACGAUCGACCCUGUUUAUAAAGCAUUUCCUGGCGGACUUUUUGUCAAGAAAUGAAUUUGGUGGCCCCCUAGACCUCGGCACUAUCAUUUCGCAAACCCAGAAAUCCCCCAGCAUGUAUCAAGCAUCCAUUGCCCUGGGCGCCCUUGAUCUGAGCAGGAAGUCGAUGCUAUCUUUACCUCAAGAGAGGAAAGGUGCGGCUGUGGGAGCAUUGGCGGCCUACCACACCUCAAUUGCCGAAUUUAAAGCCGAGAUUGUAAGCAACAGUGUCCAACAAGAUGCGAAUCUAUGGACUACACUUCUAUUGGGACUGUUCGAACUUAUGUAUGAUGCGAGCGGAGAAGGAUGGGUGAAGCAUUUUCUGUACGGCACAUCUAAAAUGCUUCAGCUUCGUGGCCCGGAAGCUCAUGUAACUGGCUCUGGGAGGACAUUAUUCCUCACGGUGCGAGUCUUUGAAAUUUGUCGCGCUCUGAUAUACCCAGAACCUUCUUUCCUCUGCCAGCCGGAAUGGGUAUCGCUCAUGACUAGGAUUUGGAACGAGGGUCUCAACAUCGUCUGGCAUCCAAAAGAACUACUGUUCGAUCUGAUAAUCAAAUGCACCUCAAUAAGCCACCGGGAUCUGCUCAAACCGGACUCCAAGUGUCCGAACAUGCUUUUGCAUGAGGCCCUGUUUGAGCUUGCCGCGGAAGGUUUCGUCGUCCGGUCUGCUCUUCUUGAUUGGUAUGCGAACUUCCAGCAGUGGUCGGCAAAUAGAGGUACACCCGAACAUAACCCCCAAUCUAUUCUCGCAACAAUCUAUUAUCACGGGGUCUCCAUCUACUUGUCCGGCAUCUUCGACUACCGCUCUCAAUUCAACGAAAUGCCCACGCCUACAAUCUCACAGACUAUUGUUCAGAAUCACGUCGAUGCAAUUCUAGAGAAGACUGAGGUCGCCUUGAAGACUACUAAUUUGGCGCCUGUCUUAUUUUUCUUCCCGUUGAGAGUAGCUGGCGCCAGAGUGGCGACCAUUCGAGAAACAGAGUUAGUUCAUGCGAUGCUUCGAGAAAUAUCGACGAGGGGUUUCGUCGUUGCAGAUGCAUUUACAGCUGAUUUGAAGUCUCUAUGGCGCCGAAAAGGCAUCUAAUACGCAUAGGUGGUGAACUGUAAUCUUCAGAACGAGAGCACUAACGUGAAUCUCGCGUAAGCCGAUCACCCCUGUUCUAAUACAGUGAUUAGUUUACGCUAUAAUUGCCUGAAACGAACGCAGUGAGAAACAGGGUAAAAGUAAAUGAGCCUGUGAAGACGUACGCAAAGAGCUGAACAUUUACCAGCAAUUUUGCCUGGAAAAGGGACUAAAGUGAAGGGGUUAUAGAAUCAAUGUGAAAAAAGCAUGGAGAACUGGAA